CAAAAACACACUGUAUAAAGUUCACAUAAAAUUUUCUUCUUCAAGUAAUCAGGAUCAAAUUUAUAGAUUUCAGGUGUAAGACAAUUUGUUUCAAGAUAAUAACAUAAUACAUAAUGAGUAUAUUUGGAGGAACUUCUUCUUUUGGAACUCCUACUGUUUUUGGACAAUCUACAGCUCAAACUCCAAAGAAUCUAAACCCAAUGAAGGACUUUGAGGUUACAUCUCCCCCAGAUGAUAGUGUUAGUUGUUUAAAAUUUAGUCCUGGUACUUUGCCUUCAACUUUCCUUAUCGCUGGUAGUUGGGAUAACAAUGUACGUUGUUGGGAAAUUCAACAAAAUGGACAAACUGUACCAAAAGCUCAACAGUCACAUACUGGACCUGUAUUAGGGGUUGAUUGGAGUGAUGACGGAACAAAAGUCUUCACAGCCUCUUGUGAUAAAACAGCUAAAAUGUGGGAUUUAAGUAGUAACCAGUUUAUGCAAGUAGCAGUGCAUGAUGCUCCUAUCAAGACUGUACAUUGGAUUAAAGCACAAAAUUACAGUUGUUUAAUGACUGGUAGCUGGGAUAAAACAUUAAAGUUUUGGGACACUAGAUCACCUAAUCCUAUCUUGUCAAUUCAACUACCAGAGAAAGUUUAUUGUGCUGAUGUUAAAUAUCCAAUGGCAGUAGUUGGAACGUCUAAUAGAGGAAUCAUUAUUUAUCAGUUAGAAAAUCAACCACGAGAAUUUAAACGUGUAGAAUCCCAGCUAAAGUAUCAGUCUCGUUGUAUUAGUAUAUUUAUGGAUAAGAAGACCAACACACCAACAGGAUUUGCUCUAGGAAGUAUUGAGGGCCGUGCUGGUAUUCAAUAUGUUAAUCCUACCAACCCUAAAGAUAAUUUUACCUUUAAAUGUCAUAGGUCUAACGGUGCAUCAGGCAGUAUGCAGGAUAUUUAUGCGGUUAACGACAUAGCAUUCCAUCCAGUUCAUGGUACUUUAGCUACAGUAGGUUCAGAUGGUAGAUUUAGUUUCUGGGAUAAAGAUGCUAGAACCAAACUGAAGUCUUCAGAAUUAUUUGAUCAACCUAUUACAUGCUGUAAUUUUAAUGCACAAGGAAAUAUCUUUGCUUACGCUACCAGCUAUGAUUGGUCAAAGGGACAUGAAGGCUAUGAUCCUCAAAAAAUGAAGCCACAUAUUUUCUUACGUUCCUGUUUCGAAGAAUUCAAGCCAUCAACAAAGAGAUAAAGUGAAAAUUAUCAAACCUUGUAAAUAAAUAAUAUCGCUUAUUGCAACAUGACUUUCAAAGUGCUUUAACAUAGCUACUGGUAAACAACCUAUAAUUAUGUAUGGAACUGUAUUUUGCAUAGUUGUUGCCUUCACAAAAUGUUCAAAUGAAAUUAAGGUAUCAUUUUGUAAUUUAACAUACUUUUUUUGUGGACCAAGAAACAAAUAGGUUAUGUUUAAGGACAGGUUCACUAUCUGUUUGACCAAUCGGUCCUUUAUUAUCAGAAACAGGAAUAUUUAUCUAAGCUUAUCAUUAACCGUGAUCACAGCUUUUUUGAAGGAAUUAUGCGACUUUUGCACAUUAAUUUUUAGUAAUUCUGAUGUCUAAUAAAGCCUUCAUACAUUCAAGACCCAGAUCAACCCUCGAAAAUAGUGAACCUGUUCCUUUUAAGUUUCUCAGUGGGCAAUAGAUGUGUCCUAGUAGUAUUAUAUGUUUAAGCUAAAACAAUACUGUGUUGCUUUUCUGUAUAUAUUUUGUUUCUUUAUCAUGUUAUAGGGAAAAUUUAUAUGUAGUAAAAUCACUGAUCAUCUGUCAAAAAUUCAUUGAUAAUAAACCAUGUUGUUUUU